UCUCCACCAACGACAAGUUCUGUCCGAUAAGGGUCUACAAUGUGCAUGAGCCCUUGCUGCGGAACUAUAGCAGUAGUUACAGCUUAUUCGAAGUGUCGCGAUUGAAUCCUACGUAGGAGGGAAGACCCGUUACGUCUUGAUUGACUGAAAAUAGCUCUCUUCCGAUUAUUGACAUUUGAGUCUCCAGCGAUAACUGUUCACAAUGCCCUUGACCUUCUGUCCUAAUUGCAGUAAUGCACUAACGAUCUCCCGCGCGGACCCAACUCCAAGACACCCUCUGGGGGUCAAUCGAUUCGAGUGCCGGACCUGCCCCUAUCAAUAUGUUCUGGAACAAAGUUAUUUCGAGAAAACUGAGAUGAAGCAGAAAGAAGUGGAGGAUGUCUUUGGCGGGAAGGAAGAAUUUGCGAAUGCCGAUAGCAUGGCUACCCAGUGCCCCGCCGAGAACUGCAAUGGCGACCGUGCAUAUUUCUUCCAACUGCAGAUUCGAAGUGCAGAUGAACCUAUGACUACAUUCUUGAAGUGUACCAGCUGUGGUGCCCGAUGGAGAGAAAACUGAAGUUUCACUUUCCGGCGUUCAAGAAAGGGAAAUUUCCUAUUCAAUGUUCUUAUGGUAAAAGUGAUUUAGACUGGUGGGAAACGUUUAAAAGCGGUGUUGUUAUGUUUUGGUUACAACUGUAGAUGGCGGUUGUGAAUGAUUUCCAGGAGUAUGGUGGUUUACUAGCUUAGCGAUACCCCUCAAUGGUUACUAUGAUGACUAUCCGACCAACCAACUACUACAUGCAGAUACGUAGCUAUGGCAGAUCAACAGACAAAAUUUUCUCUUAGCGGCGGCAGGUAAUCGCCCGUUUAGGAUUGGAGGAACGACCUCAUCCAUGGUAAGCUUGUGCGUUGUUCCCAAACACGGGACCUGCUCUCGAAAAGAAUUUUUUUAAUUAAGAUUUUUUUAUUCUUAGCUCCCUUGCCAUAUGAAAAUUUUUCAUUGACAACUUACCAGAUUGUCACCGCUCAGGAGGGGCAACAAGUGAUCUUACCUAAGGAAACUAGUCAAGAGUCCGAGACAGUAAAGGAUUCAUCUCAAUGAGGGGCACACACAGCAGCGAUCAUGUGUGAAAAACAAGAGGGAAAAAUUGAAAUAGAAUAGGAUGAAAAUUUUUUCUAGGUUAUUAAUUGGUCUGUCGACGUUGCCUCUUGCCUCCUAAGAGCAUAUGCAUCGUGAGAAAAAAAAAAAAAAAAAAAAA